AAGAAGAAGAAGUAAACGGAAGUGAACCACAAUGACCAUGAACAAUUUCUUAGACGUUCAUUAACACCCUGGAUUUCAAAAUAUGAGUAGUCAUAACUGCACAGCAUCACCUUCUCACCCCAUAUAGAGUAUAAUUCGUGUUGGAGACGACUUAGUUGAUAGAAGGUAUAUUGGUAACGCUAGCUACUAACGUUCGCAAACAAUGGCUAACUGUAUGGUGUUUCACACUCAAAUAGCCUCCAUCAUGGAGGUGCUAGCGAAUGCAGCCGUUGCAGAAAUCUGUAAACUCGUAGACGACGACUAUGCAGUGUUUCGUUUGGAAAUAACCCAAAGUCAGAAAGAAAACAGGACAUUACGGAGGAAACUACUGGAACAAAAGGUGGCACGGGAGCGCGCAGAGAGGACAAUGCCAGAACGCGUCCUCGCCAGUCGUCCCAGUAGUGUCAAGAUCCUCGACCGAUACAGAGGAAUGGCAAGAGGUGAAGGACAUCGCACUGGAGGCUACAGAAGCUUUGUUAAGCCAGUGGGACACAAUACAUGGAGAGAUGACCAACCAAUCACUGAUGAUGAGGGGAGUGGAACCUCAACCCAGCACAUUAUCAUGAUAGAGUCUGCAGAGGCUGCAGGUCCUGUGGUCAAGCUGGAGCAGUCUGAAGGAGAGGAGGACCCACGACACAGCACAGACAUCCAGACUGGAGCGGCUGGAGCGCCCCCUGUAGCUACGGAUGACCCCACCACUGCCCCAGCACAGCCCAGGACCCGACACAGCAUCACGGAGGAGAAGGAGGAGGGUCCAGAUGUGCUGCUGGUGAAGGAGGAGGGCCUGGGGAACCCUGAGGAGACCAUGGUCAUGGAGGACAACCAGACAACUCCUCCUGAACCCAAAGAGGAACCAGCUGAGCUGUACAGGACCACACACAAUCUCACUGAGUCAGUAGACAUGGAAGAUGGGAAGCCUGAUCUGCUGCUAGUCAAACAAGAGACAAUAGAGGACAGACCAGAGAGCAUUGAUCUGCUGAGUGCACUAAAGAUUGGGGAGCAAGGUGGUUGGCUGGAGGCUAACAGAGGAGACUGGACAACAAUUUUGGAUUCCCAGACUCAGACUGGUGCAGCCAAGAGCCCAGAGGAUGAUAUCACUGAGCAGGCCAGGACCAGAAGCGACAUAGUGGAGGUCAGUGGAUGGGACAGCAUCCUCAACUCUGGGCUGGGGAACAACACUGUUAACCACAACCAUAAACAGACAGUCGACCACAAAACAAUAACCGAACUUGACAACAGUGUGAGGUGUAGAUUUGGUCCACGGGGACUGGUAGGUAUCCAUAUGCGGCAGGAGAGAACAGAAACAGACUCUGCAAACGAUGCUCCGUCCUGCUCCUAUAGUUGUGAUUCAGAGAGACUGAUGGCGCCUCAGGUUGACCUCCUAACAGGUGCUGCCUUCAGCAUACCUUCUAUAGGAUCUAUCAACUGGAACAUGGAAUCUGCGACAACACAGACCCUCCCUGGCCUUCGUCCUCCUCACACUCUCCUAAUGUUAAACCAGACCUCAGACAAAGCCAGUGCUUCAACACUAAAUGGCUACACAAGCCCAUUGACAAAUGACAGUAGUAGUGAUGCUAUCAGUAGAUCUGGUGGCAAAGAGAAGCUCUUCCCAUGUUCGUUCUGUGGGAAAGCCUUCAGUUUCUGCAAACAGGUGAUCCACCAGAGGGUGCACACGGGGGAGAAACCAUUCGGCUGCCACCUGUGCCAGGCCAGUUUCUCACAAUCGUCCAGCCUGAACAGGCACCAGAGAGUCCACACGGGGGAGAAAUCCUACAGCUGCCCCCAAUGUGAGAAGAGAUUCUCCCGCAAGCACCAGCUGAAGAUGCACCUCAAGGUCCACACGGGAGAAAGGCCAUUCGCCUGUACUCAGUGUGGGAAGAGGUUCUCGGAGAGGAGAUACCUCAAGAUGCACCAGCAGAAAAAACAUUCCACUAUAACAUAGAAAGUAACCAUUCCACUUGAUAGCUUCUGACGUUUAGAUCAAACCCUGCAUUACAGGUAGAUGCAGCAAGAUGACAUAGAUGCAGCCAGUAAACAGUAGUUGUGGGUCAAUCGUUGAAGUGCAAGGCCCAUACAUUGUGUGAUAUAUAAGGCAUGUAAUACAAUAUUGUGUUACAGCCUGAAUUUAAGAUGUAUUUCAUUUAUAUUUUUUGUCACUCGCCUACACACUACCCUGUAAUGUCAAAGUGGAAUUAUGUUCUUCAAAAGUUUUUACAAAUGAAUAGCUGAAAUGUCUUGAGUCAAAAAUGAUUCAAACCCUUUGUUAUGGCAAGAUUCAAUAAAUUCAGAAGUACAAAUGUGCUUAACAAGUCACAUAAUAAGUUGCAUAGACUCUGUGUGCAAUAAUAGUGUUUAACUUGAUUUGUGAAUGACUACCUCAUCGCUGUUCCCCACACAUACACUUAUCUGUAAGGUCCCUUAGUCAAGCAGUGAAUUUCAGACACAGAUUAAACCACAAAGACCAGGGAGGUUUUUCAAUGCCUCACAAAGAAGGGCCCCUAUUGGUAGAUGGGUAAAAAUGAAAAAAGCAGACAUUGAAUAUCCCUUUUAUUACACUUUGGAUGGUGUAUCAAUACAUCCAGUCACAACAAAGAUACAGACGGCCUUCCUAACUCAGUUGCUGGAAAGGAAGGAAACCACUCAGGGAUUUCACCUUGAGGCCAAUGGUGACUUUAAAACGGUUACAGAGUUUAAUGGCUGUGAUAGGAGAACACUGACACAACAACAUUGUAGUUACUUCACAACACUAACCUAAUUGACAGAGUGAAAAGAAGGAAGCCUGUACAGAAUAAACAUAUUCCAAAACAUGCAUCAUGUUUGCAACAAGGCACUAAAGUAAUACUGCAAGAAAUGUGGCAAAACAAUUAACUUUUUGUCCUGAAUACCAGUGGUGGAAAAAGUAUCCAAUUGUUAUACUUGAAUAAACUAUAGAUACCUUAAUAGAAAGUUACUCAAGUAAAAUACUACUUGAGUGAAAGUAUUUGGUUCUAAAUAUACUUAACUAUCAAAAGUAAAUGUGUAAAUCAUUCCUUAUAUUCCUCAUAUUAUUCCUUAUAUUAAGCAAAGCAGACAGCACCAUUUCCCUGAUUUUGAAAAUGUACGAAUAGCCAGGGGCACACUCCAACAUGAUUUAUAAAUGAUGCAUUAGCAUUCAGUGAGUCCGCCAGAUCAGAGGUAGUAGGGAUGACCAUGUAUUAUCUUGAUAAGUGUGUGAAUUGGACCAUCUUCAUGUCCUGCUCAUCAUUUAAAAUAUAACUUAUUACUUUUGGGUGUCAAGGAAAAUGUAGGGAGUAAAAAGUACAUUAUUUUCUUUAUGAAUGUAGUGAAGUAAAAAGUAAAAGUUGUCAAAAAUAUAAAUAGUAAUGUACAAAUACCCCCAAAAACUGCUUAAGUAGUACUUCAAACUAUUUCUACUUAUUAAGUACUUUACGCUACUGCUGAAUACAAAGUGUUAUGUUUGGGGUGAUGGGGUUCACCUUGGGGUCAUGAUAGGGGCUGCACCAAAUGAUUGAUGUAUUAUAAUAAUUGAUUAUGCUUAUGUUGUAUUAAUAGAAGGGGAGGGCUAUAAGACCCCUCCUCCACUACACAUGUAGGGUCUUGGAAUAAAGAUUAGCAAUAUAUAUGCAUUAUAAGGUUUAAUAUUGUUCCACGGUUCUUUUCUAGUCUCUGCUUCUUAUAAGAAGCUGUCUGAGAGAUGUGUGAGUUAUUGCAGUCAAAACAGGGUGUCUGUGAGAAAGCGCCUCAAGACUAAAAGAGAUUCAUAGACGCAGAACCCUGCAGGGUAGUGAAUGAGAUAAGAGACUAGUCAGACAUACCACUAUAAAGCCACUUUUGGAGUGGAAAAUUACUGCUGAGCCCUUAGAAAACACUGGAACUAUUGUCUCUCCUACAGGUUUGUAUAACUGUAUAUGCAUGGGCUUGGUCUCAUGAGUAGAAGGUGUUGACAUAGGCAGUUACAUCACUAGGGGUUGACUGUAAGAGUAUUAAAGCAACUUGGACCCUUUCCUAUUUUGCAGAACUUACUCGGAAACAUGCAUGCUAUGUUCCCAUGGUCAACUUAUGUCUGCAAUUGCAUUAAUAAAGGUUUUUGAUUGAUUUACUUAAA